AUGGACAAAAAGGACGAGACUGCGACCAUCAAGCCGAAGGUGGCCAAUCCUCCGUCGCGGCCUGUGGCCAGGACUCCGGCGUCCAGAUUGUCUACCACGACGACCAGACCGGCUACUGCCUCUACUGCUACGUCGUCGGCUGCCAGGCCCGCCGUUGGAAGUUCAUUGAGCAAGCCGCCCGCCAGACCGACUCCUGCGAGCACCACCAAAAGAGAAUCAGACACUUCGGUGGACGAGAAGCCGUCCGGCGACGAAAAGAGCAGAGAUGGCAUAUCUGCAAGGCCCAAGAGGAUGUCUUUGGCGCCCUCCUCGACCUCCAGGACGGCUGCUCCCACCCCUACUCGACGGACAUCAAUGCAAACUGCAGGGACAUCGAGUCAAGCAACUAGCAGCAGUCCCGUCGCUGCGAGGAAGGUAGCUGCCCCUCCGAGCACCACUCGGACCACAGCGUCGACUCCUUCUGCCACACGAGUAAGGCCCCUGGCCUCCUCAAGAACUGUCGGUACCGGCGCCCUUGCCGACAAGAAACGCCUGAGCACGAUCCCUGCCUCUCCCGCCGUCAAGGCCGGAAUGGAAGAGCCGGACGAUAACAAGGAAAAUGCGACGUCGGCUGCAGAAGAGAAGGCAGCCGGGACUGCUCGUCCGCCGUUGGGAUCGAGGAAGUCUACGAGGUCGCUCUUGAUCGAGCAGCGCAUAAGAGAGUUCGAGCUUGUCAAUAGCAUGUUGCGGGCAGCGAUGACCGCCGACGGUGCUGAUGAAGAGGAACAACAGUCCAUGGACAAUGACGCCGCCAGCAAGAUUGCUAGACUGAAGUCGGACCUGGCCAAGGUCCGGGCAUUCGAACGGACUCACGGUCGAGUACCGACAGCUGCGGAAUUGGAGGAGGUACAAUCGGUGAUUGAAGAAACACCUCCUGAAUCGGUGGUCGAGGCCGACAAACCUCCGUCGGACGGCCUUGGUGCCGCAACUGUGCCAGGGCUGCAGGACGAGGCUAGCAAGGCCCAAGUCGUUGCUCUACAGGCGGAGCUGAUUGAUUUGAAGGCCAAACUCGAACAAUUCAGCAAGAGCGCGGAGGAAGAGAGCGUCCGGGUGCUGGAUGCCACAGAAGCUAUCCGAAACGAGCACGCGGCCAAAAUUGAACAGCUUUCAUUGCUUCACGAGACCAAAGUCUCGGAAAUGGAGCGUUCACAUCAAGAAGAGCUCCGAGAGCUCUAUCAAGGGCACGAAACCAAAGCAGAAGAGCAUGCCCUAGAACUGGCCCUUGCGCGGAAAGAGAUCGAGCAAUCCAAGUCGGAACUGGAAGAACUUCGCAAUGCGGCCGCUGAACAGGCUUCGACGAGGGAUAGCAAUGCGCAACUGGAAAAGGAAAUGGAGACCAAGAUUGCAACCCUCGAAGCUGACUAUCAAGCGCGGCUCGCCGAAGGGCAGGCCAAGCUCGAGGAGGUCGGCCUUGAGAUUGCGAAUAAACAGAAAGAAAUCGUCCGUCAACGGGAAGAACUUGCAAAAAUCGAGGGGGAGAUGUCCCGACAGAACGAAGUCAUUGAAUCUUUGAAAGGUCAAGUUCUCGAAUUCCAACAAGCAAAGGACGAGGCAAGCAAUGCUCAGGCGGCGCUAGUGCGUGCGCUUGAGGAUCAGAUCAAAGCUCUACAGCAAGAAAAGGCCGAGGCGGAUGCUGCCGCUGCCACGUCUCUCACGGCCGCCGAGGAAGCUCACACGGCGGAAAUAGACGCCAUCAAGCGGCAGUUGAGUGACGCCCAAGAAGAGCUGAAGACAGUACAGGGCUCACAAGAAAGCGAAGUGCAAAAAGUGUUGAAAAAGGCUGAAGCUGACCUUGCCGCUGUCAACGACGAGCUCGAAAGGAAUAGGGCUUCGCAUUCGAGUAGAAUCCAAGAUCUCGAGGCUCAGCUGCAAAAGGCCAGGGAAGAAGCCGAGGCGAAGAGAGCCGAUCAUGAAAAGGCUCUUGCGGCGUUGCAAAGCCAGGUGGAUGCAGCCAAAACCGCCCUCGACGAGGUGACUGCCAACCAGGACAAGAUCUUGAAGGAACACAAGACCCACAGCGAGUCUGCCGAAAAGGAACUCAUUGCACUGAAAUCUGCUCAUGAGAAGGAGCUCGACACCCUUCUGUCGAGCACACAGGCGAAACACGAAGAAGAAAUGGCGACACUGAAGUCCGGCCAUGCUGAGCAGAUCCAACAGCUUGAGCAAAAGCUCCACGACUCGCAAAAGGAAAUGUCAGCCCUCAAGAAUACACACUCUUCCCAGAUCAAGCAGUUGGAGGACCAGAUGAACGCGUCCCUCAAAGAUCUGGAGUCCAUUGAAGCUGGGCAUUUGCAGCAACUCGGUCGUGUGAAGUCGGAAGCUUCCGAGUCGCAACAGAAAGCCGAGAAGAUCCACAUUGAAAGGAUACGCAAUCUCGAGCUGCAGCUCAAUGCGGUAGAGGCCGAAUUGACAGACGCGAGAGCUAUUCAUGGGAAGCAGCUAGAGGAGAUGAAGAAGCAGGGAGCUAACGAGCAUGAAACUACGCUCAACGCAUUGAAGGAGUCGCACGCCGCCACGGUCAAGGACUUGGAAGGUCAGCUCAAAUCCGCUCAAGGCUCUCUGGACACAAUCAAGGCCGACCACGCAAAGCAGCUCAGCGAGUUGGAAGAGCAGAUCUCCACCCGCCAUUCCGAAACGAUCACCGCUCUAAAGGCCGAGCAUGCACAACAGAUUCAAGAUGUGGAAAGCAAAGCGAAGUCUUUGCGUGAGAAAGCACUGGACGAACUACGGUCGAGCCUCGCGGAGGAGAAGCGCCAGCUGGAAUCACAAGCGAGAUCUCUUCAACAGGAGCUCGAGGGUAACAAAUUCCAAACACAGAUGGUGAAAUCCAUUCUCGAAAACACUGAAAGAGAAGCCAGGGAAAAAGAGGACGAAUUGAAUGAAGCCGUGGAGAAGCUGAAAGCAGACAUGUCAAUGUCGGUCAUCAAACUUGCACGGAUGAGUGAGCUUCAAAUGCAGCACGAUCAGUUGUUGGAGACGCAGAAAGUUCUGGAGGCCCAGGCCGAGAAGGACAUGGAGGCGUUGCGCGCCGAACAUGCAAAGGCGCUCGCCGAGCUUGAGAAUACGCUGAGGGCACAGCAUGAGCAAGCCAUCGAGAGAGUGCGCGAGGAGCAUUCCCAGUCCGUCGAAUCCAGCCAAGCCGCAAACCAGACUCAAUACGAGGAGCUUCGGAAACGCAUGAAGGAAGAACACGACAAUCAAUUGGACGAGAUCAUGAAGACGUUGGAGAGCCAGUGGAAGGGCCAGGUUGACCAGCUAGAGGAACAACAUGCGGCCGCUAGUGCCCGCCUCGCGGAGGCCGAGAAACAGCACGAGGAAGCCUUGCGCAAAGCCAAAUCGGAGCAUGAAACCGCACUUGCGCAACUGCAGGCGGAGCUGCAGGGGGCACGCGAUACGGCCGAGUCGAGCCAGUCGUCAUCGGUCGAGCUGGACGACCUUCGAACCCAACUUGUGAAAGCACAGGAGCAGGCCCAAGAAAUCGAGAAAAGGCACCACGAAGCCAUGGUUCUAGCACGCGAGGAACGAGAAUCUGCUCUGGCAGCGAUGAAGCAAGAGCUCAUUGAAGCAAAGGAGGCGGCGGCGCAGCGACCGGAUCCAUCCCAGCUAGAGGAAUUGAACCAGAAGUACACGAUUGCCCAAAAGGAGCUCCAUGAGUUGCAAGAGAAGCACGACCACGCGAUCCGAGAGGCGAAGGCGGAAUACGACACGCAACUGGAAAGGGUCCUGACCGAACUGAAUGAUGCCAAAUUGGCGGCGCAGAGCACCACCACGCCGCCGGAAACCGAGCAGGUCGUCGACGCCAUCAAGGCUAGUCUGGACGAGGCAAAGAAGACGAUCGUGUCACUUGAAGCCGAGUUGGAGGGAGCCAUGCUCGAGAUCGAAACCCAACGCAACCUUGCUGAAAGUGCCCAGAAGGAAGUAGAGCGAUUCAAGGCGGAGGCUACUACUACGCUCCCAAGCCCGAAGGCUGCUGGGAAGUCGGUGAAUCCCCUAUCUCCCAAACCCGGCCUGGAAUCUAGUCGAUGGGCUAGCUCUCCAGGCGCAGCGCCUGAAGAUGCCGCAAUGAGCUCCAUGGCUGACAACACAACCCCUGCCGCAGCAGAUCCAGAAGAAUCAUCUCCCGUCCCAGCAGCCACAAACGGGAAAAGUCGUAACGUUGCCGGGCAACUGGCUGGCAUCCAGGAGCAGAUCAAGCAGUUGGACGACCUGAGUGAAGACUUUCUCGAGGAGCACCAGAAGAUGGCGGGGAUUUUGAGUCGUGUGGACGACCAGACGCAGACGAUGACGACGGAUGGUGACAAGGACGACGACGAGGAUUUGGAUUAG